AUGGGUGAAGAAUUUGCAGUGUCGGAGGUGGUGAAGAAGGAGGGAGGAGGAGGAGGAGGAGAAAAAAAGGGCGGCGAAUUCGAGUUGAGCUUGGAAUUGUCCAUAGGCUUGGGCAAAUACGGGAAAUCAGAAAAUGCAGGGGAAAUUUCUGAGGACCCAAAUGAUGGUAACAACAACAAAAACAACAAUGAUUAUUGUUUUGGAAGUCGAAGAUCCGAUUUUUCGAUCGACGGGGACGUGGAUCUGCAGAGGAGGAGAGAAAUUCAGGCCUUGAGAAGGCUUGAGGCCCGCAAGAAAAGGAAGGAGAAGCUCGACAAAUCGAGGAGAAUCGGCUUUUUCGAUAAGAAUGAGUCGCUUCCUGAGGCUCAGAAAUCGGGGGCAAGAAUGAGGGAGCAGCGCGGGAAGGGAAAAAAAGCCGCCCUCUCGGAGCAGAAGAUCAGGGGAAAGGAAAAGAACAACGAGUUGAGUCUCUCGCUGUUCACGGAGAACAAGAAUGUGGUCCUGGGCGUCGGGGACCGUUUGUUGUACCCUAAGGUACAACGCCUGGAUCCCCUUCGUCGGGCCGGGGAGGGGGAGGCCGCUGUUUCGAACAAGUCUCUGGAGCAAAGUUCUUCUGUUGUUUCUGAUUAUCAGAGCACCUCAAAUAAAGGUGGAAGCACUAGUGACACUGGAAGUCAUUCGAGCACCCCCGGCGGCCUACAUCACAGAACUACUAAAACCGAACUCAACCCACAUCUCUCAAUUGAAAGCAACGGCUCGUCGUGUCAAGCCGGGCUUGGCCCGCAUCUCGCAGUUGGAAACUCAAGUUGUGGCCCAAUUCCCCAAGGGUUGAAGCCCAACACCCAUGUCGGCCAAACACACGCCACAACCACCACCUGCUCGACUUCUAAGAACUCGGUCCCCAUUCGGCCGGAGCAAACUAGCGGUGAUGGCGGCCUCGGCAUAAGGCCCGUAAGACACAUGCCGUGUGUCUCGACCAUGGGAAAUGGGCCCAACGGGAGGAUGGUGAUCGGGUUCUUGUACAAGUACACGAAAAGUGAGGUCGCCAUCGUGUGUGCUUGCCACAGAAGCUCAUUUUCGCCGGCCGAGUUUGUGGAGCAUGCUGGUGGGGUCGGUGUGUCGCACCCCAUGAGACAUAUUACCAUGCAUCCGGGUUUCGGAUUAUGA